AUGGCACUAAUAGCUCCUGAACUUAUUGUUACAUGGGCUAUGCGUCAAUGGUUCAGUGCUCGCCUUAUUACAAAACAUUUAAAGGAUUCGGGGUACCCCCACGUUCGUCCUGAGUCCGACUCAUCUCCCAAAAAUGAUUCUGUUGAAGCACCUGCAACAGGGAAUCGCUUCCUUCAUCUCCUCACAGUACUUGUCAAAGGUUUAUCAUCUUUGCUUGUGCUUCUUAGGCGUUGCCCUGGCUCUCUUGCGAGGUCCGUCAAGAAGUUCGUCAAGGCACAUUUCUCAGAACAAUCUGAAGAUCCCAUGUGGACUCAGACACACAGCUUCUUUGUGCUCAUGGGUGGUUUCAUGCUUUAUGUAGAUGGGGAACCCUGCCUUGCACUGCAGUGUAGCGAUGGUCGCGGUGUUGGGCUCGAAACCACGUAUUUUCAUACUCACAUCAACACCCGAAACAUAUGUGCACAUGUCCGACGCACUUUCGCACAUGUCCGAGCCACUCCGUAUCAGAUCUGGCGCAUCGGACCUUCGGACAUCGCAUCGGCCGAUCGCACUUCGCACGCACUUGCCCAUCCCGUGUCCUGUCCAUCCGAACUAGCCUCACUAGGUGUGUAG